AAAUAGCCAAGUCCCAUGGGUCACAGUGCGGUUUCUGUACCCCGGGGAUCGUCAUGUCAAUGUAUACACUCCUGAGGAAUAUCCCUACUCCGACCAUGAAGGACAUGGAAAGUGCCUUUGAAGGUAAUUUGUGCAGAUGUACCGGAUAUAGGCCAAUACUGGAGGGUUUUAAGGCCUUUACAAAAGGAACCUGUGCUAUGGGUGAAAACUGCUGUCGCAACCAAACCAAGGUGAACACCGAUUCCACCAGACCCAUGGUAAAUGGGCACGGCUCAGUUGUUCAGAUGUAUAGCAACGGGACCUCGACAGACAUAUCUAAUGGUCAUGAUGAUGAUCCCCAGGGACCGUCAAACGGAGACAUCCAAACAGACCUUGUACCGAGUGACUCAACGCAGGAUCCAAUCUUUCCUCCUCAACUCAGGACGAGCAAGUAUGACAACCAGGCCUUGUACUAUAAAGGAGAACGGUCAGUAUGGUAUCGGCCGACCUCGCUUGACCAGCUACUCGAACUCAAGGACCGCCACCCAACAGCACGACUCGUCGUCGGUAACACAGAAGUCGGCGUUGAGAUAAAACUGAAGAACAUGCACUACCCAGUAAUGAUUUCUCCAAGUCAUAUACCGGAACUACAGAGUGUGGUCACGGACGCUGAUGGCAUCACAUUAGGAGCCUCUGUCACCCUCAGCCAGCUUGACGAAAACCUUCGUGCUGCUAUUGACACCAUGCCUGAAAAAAAGACAGGUAUAUUCCGAGCUAUUGUUGAAAUGUUACGUUGGUUUGCUGGUCACCAAAUAAGGAACGUGGCUGCUAUUGGUGGGAACAUCAUGACCGCCAGUCCAAUCUCGGACCUCAAUCCUCUCUUCAUGGCGGCUGGCGUCAAAUUACAAUUCGUAUCAAAAGGUGGUAAAAAACGAACGAUACCCAUGGAUGAACAUUUCUUCGUCGGAUAUCGAAAAACUGCAGCUCAUUCGAAUGAAGUUCUUGUGUCAUUGACAAUACCCUACACGCAACAG